AUUUCCUCUUCUGAGCUCGGAGAGAAUGAUGCGAGCAGAGCAUUUGAUAGAGGAAGACGACGAGAGAAGAGGGUUAGAAGAAGAAGAAGACGAAGAAGCGCAGGUGUUGGGGCGGUCGUUCUUCUCCUCGUCCUCGUUUUGCCUGCUCACUCUGCCGCUUGGGUUGUCGGCGUCCACCUUUUGUAUGGAGAAGGCAGUAUGCAGCCACGGGCUGUUCAUGAUGGCUCCAAACCUGUGGGACCCAUCAACCAAGACCCUCCAGCGCCCCUUGCGCCUCUCUGACGGCACCACCUCCCUCCCAGUCCGCAUCUCUCAUCCCCCCAACUUCGCUUCUCUCCACGUCAUUGUUUUCGGCGCCGAUUCCCUGUCCCUUGACGAUCGGCGGGCGGUGCUGGCUCAGGUAGAACGCAUGCUGCGGUUGUUGGACAAAGAAGAAAGGAACGUGCGCGAGUUUCACAAAAUCCACAAAGCAGCCAAGGAGGAAGGCUUUGGCAGAGUUUUUCGGUCCCCAACUCUGUUCGAAGAUAUGGUCAAGUGUAUUCUUCUCUGCAACUGCCAGUGGCCAAGGACUUUAACUAUGGCUAGAGCACUUUGUGAACUUCAAUUUGAAUUAAAGUGUGGCUCUUUUAGAUGCCUUGAUGCCCAAGCUGAUUCUUCGGAUUCCAGUUUUUUCAGAGCUGAAGUUGAUCAUUUCCUUCCAAAGAUGCCUAAAGAAAUGGAGUCGAAUAAAAAACGUGGAGCACGUAAAGUUUAUACAAGUUGGGCAAGCAAAUUUGCGAGGAGUGAAACUGAGUUGGAAACAAAUUUGAAGUUGAGCACUAAUUAUGAUCAAUCAAGACAGCAUUUACAAAGUGAGGGGAAACUAAAAGCAACAAUCGCCUCAUCUUUGAAGGAAUGCAACUCUAGUCAACUACUAAUCACAAAGGAUGAGGUAUGCCCAAUUUUGGACAUUAAUUUUCCAGGAGAUGCAGCCUUUGACUCGAUCUAUAAAAUAGGAAACUUCCCUAGCCCAAAAGAGAUUGCAGGUCUUGAUGAAGAUUUUUUGGCAAAACGCUGCAACCUAGGAUACAGAGCAAGUCGAAUUUUGAAACUUGCUCAAAAUAUUAUGGCUGGCACACUGGAACUAAGGGAACUUGAGGAAGUCUGCAAUGGAGCUAGCCCAUCCUGCUAUGAUAAAGUGGUUGAGCAGUUGAAGGAAAUGAAGGGGUUUGGUCCAUUUACUUGUGCCAAUGUGCUCAUGUGCAUGGGUUUUUAUGAAAUCAUUCCUACAGAUACAGAAACCAUUAGGCAUUUAAAACAGGUCCAUGCAACGAAGUCCACCAGUAAGACAGUUCAAAUAGAUGUUGAAAAGAUCUAUGGGAAGUAUGCACCAUUCCAAUUCUUGGCAUACUGGUCAGAGCUCUGGCACUUUUAUGAAGAAAGGUUUGGGAAGCUAAGUGAAAUGCCUCACUCUGAUUAUCAACUUAUUACUGCUGGUAAUAUGAGAACAAAGCUAAUUAAUAAGUGGACUAGAACAUUGUAAUAUUGAGAUCUUCGGUUUAAUUUUUGCCCCGAAUAUGUUAAGAGCAUAUUCUUUUCUUUGUUAAUGUUUGCAUAUUAAACUAUGUUGAACAUUUGAAUGUCUAGGAUGGAUUGGAAGAUCCGAUUACUA